AUAUAUAUGCCCUGUUUGAGUAUAAGCCUUGCAAGUAUUUCUGACUAAGAAAGCAGAAGAAAUGGCUUCCUCUAUGAUGACGUCCUCCGCUGUCACCACCAUUAACGGUGCCUCUCCGGCACAGGCCAGCAUGGUGGCUCCAUUCACUGGCCUCAAGUCCAUGGCUGGCUUCCCAGUUAGAAAGACAAACAAUGACAUUACCUCCAUUGCAAACAACGGUGGAAGAGUACAAUGCAUGCAGGUGUGGCCUCCUGUUGGCAAGAAGAAAAAGGAGAAAGAAAUGGCUUCCUCUAUGAUCACUUCCUCCGCCGUCACCACCAUUAAUGGUGCCUCCCCGGCACAGGCCAACAUGGUGGCUCCAUUCACUGGCCUCAAGUCCAUGGCUGGCUUCCCAGUUAGAAAGACCAACACUGACAUUACCUCCAUUGCAAGCAACGGUGGAAGAGUACAAUGCAUGCAGGUGUGGCCUCCUGUUGGCAAGAAGAAGUUUGAGACUCUUUCAUACCUGCCACCACUCACCACAGAGCAACUAUUAAAGGAAGUGGAAUACCUUCUUAGGAAGGGGUGGGUUCCUUGCUUGGAAUUUGAGACGGAGAAAGGCUUUGUCUACCGUGAGAACCACAAGUCACCUGGAUACUAUGACGGACGCUACUGGACCAUGUGGAAGCUCCCCAUGUUUGGGUGCAGUGAUGCUGCCCAGGUGUUGAAGGAACUUGAUGAGGCUGUGAAGGCAUACCCGACCGCUUUUGUGCGCAUCAUUGGAUUCGACAAUGUUCGCCAAGUGCAGUGCAUCAGCUUCAUUGCACACAGGCCAGCAGGCUACUAAGUUUGAAAUCUUUCUUCAAAAAGCAUUUAUGUUCAGUUUUUUCUGUUUCCAAGAGAAAUGCCAUCCUCUAUUUUGGCAUUUUUUGUUUCAGUUUCAAAUUUGCAUCUGCAAAUGAUUGGAUAAGAAGAGCUCAUGAAUGAAUAAUUGCUUUGUUCCCGAA